AUGACAAUGCAGGCGGCCUUUGAUCGUUUGGAGUAUGAGCCAAAGUCCGAAAACUCUGCCAAGUGGGACCUUGAUUCGCUCGUUGAUCAGCUUUCCCUUCGCCUGCGUCAUUAUGGCCAUCUGGUCUCCAAUCCACAAGCCUUGGUGGUCCAACUCCACAGAGAGCACAAUAGGUCUCCGAUCUCACCCCGGUUUGACUGUUGUAAUCUUUCCGAGCGUGACUUACGCUACGAGGCGCUGUAUGGUGCACGCGUGUCUCGUCGGAAGUGCUGUGACCUCAUUCCUUUUAACCUGCCUGUGGCGGCAUUUAAUCCGGGUCACAACCUGACGCAGCGCUUCCGUCGUCAACUGGAGUACUGGCCCAACGUGAAGUGGCUCUACUUCAUCACUGCCGCCGGUCUCCAUACCGAGUUUCCGGCGCACAACUUUCGUGCUGCCACCGUCACCUCAGCUCUGGUUGAAUCACUUGCUGUUACUGCGGCUGCUGCUGCCACCGCUGCUGCAGCCGCAGCACCGUCGUCACCGCCACCGUCACCGUCGAUGCAGUCACUGUUGCCGACGUUGCGAAACUGGGGGUGGCCGACGGUGGAAGUGAAGCAGAGGGCUGGGCGACAUCUACCGCCCUCGCUGUUCACUGCGCUCUACGACUGUCGAUCGGUACACCAGCUAAGGCAUCGCGAAGUCUUCGUGCGUUCAGUGGUGGCACAACCGAUAUGGCUGGUGUUGGUGCUUGAUCAAAGCGAGGCGAGCAAGACACGGAUGCUGCUAGGUCAACGCAUAGCUCGUCUACUGCUUGCGUCGCUCAGCGAAAAGGAUCGAGUGGCGCUCGUUCUUGCCUCGGAUACCGCCCGUGUCGCUACCGUUGGCGCAGCUACUUCCGACACCACCGCUAUUCACCUACUCCCCGCUACCCAUGAGACCAAACUGUUUCUCACUGAACACGUGUACAGUAUGCGGGGCCCCGGUGUCGCCAAGACGAACCAUACUCGAGCUCUUUUGGAGGCUUUUGGAAUCCUUCAUGAUGCUGUUGAGGCUCAAAAACAUGACAUUCCAGAGUUGGCUGGACUUGGAUUACCUACUGACAAUCUGAUGAUCGCCUACAUCAGCCGUGGCAGUCUGGACGACCUGCAGGAGCAGAACGCUACGUUGCAACAGGUGACAGAACAACAGGCACGUCUUAGCAAUCGGGUGGUCAUCAACACCUAUAUGCCUGUAGAGGAGAAAAGUGCCACUGUGCUCUUUGAGAAGACCUUCAUGAGCGAUCUUGCCAAGCGAUGGAAUGCACACUCAAAUCCGGAGGAGUAUCGAUCUUCGGAUGUGCGUCCGGGACAUUUCUACACAAUCAACCGUACUGCCGACCUGGCAGAAACGGUGGGUCGCUUCUACGAAGUCUGGCUGAAACGAAGUGGGCAGGAGGCCUCAGAAAGGGACGAACGCACUCCAAACACCACCACUACCACUACUGUUCCCUCAUCGAAGCUUUACUUUUCCCUCCCUUACAAGGAUUUGGAGGGCAAAGGACUUGUUAUGAGCAUCAGUCAGGCCUUCUAUGAUGGUGACACGCUUCUUGGUAUCAUGGGUGUGGAUCUUCACGUGGCAGACCUCCUGGAUCAGAUUAUUUACUAUGGCGGGACUCCUGCCUCCAACUUUGUUUUUCUCCUUGACGCCUCCUCUAGUCUGAGUGUCUAUCAUCCGGGAGGGCUUCGGGACCUCCUUACCACGCCCCCUACUGCUACCUCCGUCUCUUCCGCUGCACGAUCUCGACGAUCUUCUGUAUCUGCCUCCAGAGAGGAAGCCUUCCAGCGUUCUUCCACCUUUCAGGAACCUCUCCUUCAUGUUGAUGUUCGAUAUCUGGAGCGGACGCCCGGAUUUGAGAGUCUCAUUCUGCCGCGCAUUCUACGUGGGGAGGUCAAUGGGACUGUGGACUUCCUCGUGGAGAUUGAUUCUGAGUCCUUCGCAAGAAUCGAGACCACAGGAGUGUGGUCGGAGCGGGUUGGGAGUUUGCUUUCCUCCUCCAUCCCAUCUCCUCGCCUCAACGGUGACCGCAUGAAAGAAGUCAAGAUUACGUAUCGGUGGCGUCGCAUCACUGACCCUGACACACAAUUUGUUCUCGUGAUGCGAUCCAUGCAACAAGUGAAUGUUCCACCACCUCGUCAGCUGGUUGAAAUCACUCCGCCUUUCGAUUCGUGGUACCAUCGGCUGGAUCUAUUCAAACGCGACCAGGCCUGUCUCUACCUUCGACAACUUGCUACAUUCAGCUCGACCACUGUGUAUCUGCCGCCACGCACCUUCAUGCGUCCCUUCGAGCAUCUAGUUUCGUAUUCAGUAUCGUCAGACGCUGGGGGAAGGACUGAGAGGAGAGGUGAAACUGCGGAGGAAGUGCGACACCUCGUCGCCUACCUCACUGAUCAGACCGCUCUCAUUUCUAACCCCGGCCUCCGCGUUUCUCCCUCCACUGGCACCUACGCCACCGCCUCCGCACCUGACGCUCGCACUGCUGUCGCUGUUGUGGAACGAAUAGGGAAAUUCUGGCGCCAGCGCGGUGCUGCUGUCAGUGGGAUUAGCACUUUUGGCAAACACAUCAUUCGACGGUACGUUUCCACGGAUACGGGUGUGAUGCUGAUGUACCCGGGCACUUUAAUGCCACAGAGCUUCGAUGCCACCACGCGGCCCUGGUACCUGCGAGCCGUAGAGAAUGCUGGUCGUAUUGUCUUCACCGAGCCCUAUUUGGACCAUGGCGGUGCUGGACACAUUGUCACCAUUGCCUUCGCUAUCUUCGAGGGCAAUCGAAGUGGCAUUCAUAGCCCCCGUACCGAUCGUGUACAAUCUGUAAUGGCAAUGGAUGUUCCGUACCGUCUCUUUAACCACCUCCUCUCCACAUGGCUUCCCAGUCACUGCAACUUUGAACCACCCUACCUUCGCCACAAAUCAACAUUAAAGGAGAAGGCAAAACUCAAGAAGUCUGGGAUGAAGUGGAAGGAAGCCGCCUCCAAGGCCUCCCGUAUUCCACUCUCUCCAAACAGUAGCCCUCAGAAGGAGGUCUCUCGGGCUUUUUUGGACUUUCUUCGUGACUAUGGAGUGCGAGUGGAGCCUUCAGCAGUAGCUACGGAGGGGGUAGAAUCGGAAGUGGAAGAAGAGAAUGAGGUAGAGACAGAGGAGGUAAAUGAAUUGGAUACUGUAGGGGAAAAGACCUCCACUAAAUGUCUCCUUAUGAAUGACCGAGGCUACCUCAUUGCACAUCCUGGUUACGCCGAGCCCCUACAAAUCAACCGAGCGCUUGAAAGCAGCCAUAUCAGCCAUAGAGAACCCUCAGUAGCCGCGGAUCUGUUGAAUCAUGGGGAAUUCGUCCACAAAGUGGCCUGCGUUUCUCAUUCGCAGCGUGCUCUCGAACGCUACUAUGUGUACAACACUUCGUAUGAAAGCGUGGUAACCAACUCUGCUCCUGGAGACCACUGUACUCGCUAUCGAUUUGCUCUCGUUCCCGGCACUAAUCUAUUCUUGGGGCUGGUACACGAGGCACCGCAAACGCAUCAGCGGAUCCGACGCAGCGACGAAGUGACCACCACCAGCGGCAGCGUCUCUUGCAGUCAUCGCGCCGCCUUCUGUGCCUGCUCCACCAAGGACCGCCGUUGUCUCAACUGCGGCCGCUUGGAGCCUCUCGAGUGCGAGUGUCCCUGUCAAUGCCCCCUCAGUACAUUCACUGGUCCCCCCUUCAUCAGCGCUUCCACCUCCGCCGCCAUCUCUCCUCUUGACAAUCACCCCGCUUGCCUUGCGCUCUCGCUUGACGUGCCUCUUCUGCCGACAACCAAAGCGGCUGCAGCUGCAUCAUGGAAGGCGCUAGCGAGACUUCCCGAUGCGCCUCCGCUUUGUCAACCUUCGAACUCCCUCUCCAUCCGCGUCCCUGUCGCCUCACUACAUGAGUGGCUCAGCAUCCUUCUGCCUUCCCCCGCCUCCUCUGCCAAUGUCUCCGGUAUUGUCGCUGAUGGUGGUCCACUUGUGCCUGCUCUUGGUCCCACUGACUGCGCUGCCCUCAAUCGCCGCGCCACUGAGUGUACCGCCAGCAUCGGCUGUGAAUUUUGUCUUCUCGGUGCAGAUGCGGAGCCCUUGUCCAGUGGUGGUUUCUGCGCUCCCAUGGGCGUCUGUUUUGGCGGUGUUGUUGGCAGUGCCUCACCCUAUAGUUCUCCCAUCUCUUCCUCAUCCACUACCACUUUCGCUACCAGCAAUGGUGCUUCUCCUGUUGGUUUUCUGGAGGAUAGAUGGCCUCUCGUACCACCUCUCCCACCGCCUCCGCUACCACCGCCACCACUACAGCUACCUCCACUUGGGGCACAGCUUGCUCCUCUAAAUGGCCACUACCACUACCGGAAUCUCCUCCUCCCGAGGAGUGACUCGCAUGCAACAGCAGCGGCGCAUUUCUAUCACUACUACUAUUACUAUCACUAUUAUCACCAACAACGACAGCACCAACUACUGCAGCAUCGAGGAGAUGAUGAUUUCUACGCCUCUCCGUAUGUGUUAGCGAGACAUUACAUGGGUGGGGGUGGACGGAGUGAGGCAGAGUUGGGAGUGAGCACGGGACUAAUGGCGUGGACAAACUCCCCAGUCGGACCGGUAGCUGGAGCCGUUUUGGCGGUAUUUACCGUCCUUCUCCUCGGUGUCUAUUGUCUUCGCCAUCAAGCUGCAAACCGAGUGCGUCAAAGUGCGACAGCAACAGCUGUGGGAAACGUUGGCGAGUGCGCCUCUACUGGCCUUCUUGUUGGUAGUGGGGGAGGAGAAGCAACAGAGGGUGAUGCCUCGAACCAGUCUGCAUGUAGUCGAAAUCACUCUGGUGAAAAGGUGUGCUGCUGUGAACGGCCGCCAGAAAGCGAUACCGACAAAGAUAAACCGCCGCCAACGGCAGGCGCAGUGGCUCUCCUAGUUAAAGCUACCAGCGCAUCCUCAGCGGCCAGCGGAGCGGGUGAUCAUAGCAUUUCUGCAUGCGGGGGCAGCAACGCUGGUACCGAUACCGAGUCGGAGCGUGGUCCACCGCGUUGCUGCGCCUCUCCACGAUCCCUUUUUGCUCCCUCCGCUGCAGCAAUUAUAAUUGAGGGUGUAGGCGUAUUUGUAAAGAGCAACGCUUUUUCAAAUGAAGAGCUGGCACAGGUACCGGAAGAGCCGAAAUCACUACCACUGGCUGAAUUUGUCACUGAUCCGACUGCAGUCAGUCCCUAUCGGGUCACCACUGACGUGUCUACUGGCGAUGCUGUUACUGUUGGCACCACAGCUGACGCCUCUACUCCUGCUGACGAUCAAGUCACUACUGUUUCAUCUGCUGCCACAACGACUGAUCAUGGCUACGUGAGCAAUGAUCGACCGAGUUCUAGUUAUGCGGAGUCCUCAGGAAGAGGGAAUCAGCUCCACUGA